GAUCAGUGCACCAACCUCUACAUCAGACGUCUGGGAGCAUGGCGUAAAAUAAUUCAGCAAAAUUUCAUCAAGUAAGCAAUCAUCAUCAAAAACAGCGGUUUUUCAGUUCUAUUAGUACGUCUUGGGAUACGGCUUCAGAAUGCCUGUUAUUGAAGAGAUGAAUGAUGAAGACGCACAGCCUGAUCAAAGCCCACCUACUGGCCAAACACAAAAUGGUGGUGGUCUCUCAGCUGUGUCAAAUUACUUGGCGACUAACAAGCUGGACUUGUGUCUGCUGCUGUCCAGAGUCACUACAGUUGUGUGUAGUUUCUUCUACCUAGUACCAAUCUAUGGACCUCAAUCAGCCCAAGUAUUUUACCAGCGUGCGAUUAUCUGCAAUGGUUUGACGAGUGCUUUACGUCUUCAGCAGCGUUUACCGUCCUUCCAGUUCACAAGGAUUUACCUCUCUCUUCUAUUAAUGGAAGACAGUUGUCAUAACCUCUUCUAUUCACUCAUCUUUGCCAAUAGCCAAGCCAUCACACUGGCCCUGACACCACCGUUAUUAUUUGCUCUCCUGCAUGCAUCAAACUUCAUCAAGAAACUUAUCAAUUUAAUGGGACCUAAUAGGAUGUAUUUGAUCCGUAAGAUGGUGGACAUGCUGAUUAGUAAUCAGAAUCAACUGCUACGAUUUAUCGCUCUGGAUGAAAUCAUCAUCAUGCCUUUCCUUAUAUUCAUGGUUUUCACAGGUCGUGUCACGUUCCUUGUGCCAAUUAUGUACUUCAGAUUCCUGACGUUCAGAUAUGGCUCAAGAAGAAACCCGUAUUGCAAGCAGAUAUUUCAUGAGCUUCGUAUUGUGACUGAGACUUACUGCAGCAAGCCCAACACACCACAAUUUCUUCGCAAUUUCUUGACCAAGUGUAUCACAAUGAUCUCUAGAUUUGCUCCACCAAUGCAACCGCAGUAGUGGACUCAACAGGUUAGCCCAAGAUUGACAGAAUAAGCCACAUGUGAGUUGAUUUGAAAAUUGUCUGGUACAAUGACUUGCUUAGUCACAAAGGGUGCGUUCGAUUAGCUUCCGUGGGUCGACCCUGGUCU